UUUUUCAGAGUCAAUCAAAGAAUGUAGCAGAAAUACAAAAGUUAUAUAAUACAUAAAACACCUAAAAGGGGAAAAUAAUGGUUCACCAGAUAACCACAGUGGCGCUAACAAGAUACAUAAAGUGAAGAAUAGGUAGUGUGAAGUUAGAACAAUAUUUUUGUGGACAAUUAUGGACAGUUAUAAAAUUGGAACAGGGAAACCUUUUAAAAACCAUCCAUUUAAUGAAGCAAACUUUAUAUCGAAAAUAUUUUUCCUAUGGACAUUUCCCCUAUUUAUCAAAGGUUUCAAGAAAGACCUCCUUGAAGAUGAUCUUUAUCCAUCUUUGAAGGAGCACGAUUCAAAAAUUCUUGGAGACAAACUGGAAAGGGAAUGGCAUACAGAACUGAAGAAGAAACCGAAUAAUCCAUCGUUAUGGAAAGCCUUGGCAAAGGUUUUCGGAAAAGUUCUAUCUAUUUUAGGCUUUUGCUGUUUGUGCAUGGAAAUAUUUGUAAGACUGUCACAACCACUGCUUCUUUCCCAACUUCUUUUAUACUACCAUCCAAACUCUACGAUGACCAAACGAGAAGCUUAUUAUUACGCAGCUGGUAUUUGUUUAACAUCGUUUCUAUCAGCUGCAUUUGAACACACUUAUAUGUUUCAUAUUUUUCAUUUAGGUCAAAAAAUACGUGUGGCGACGUCAACUUUAGUCUACAGGAAGGCCUUGAAACUAAGUAAAAGUGCAUUGGCUGAUACAACCGUCGGCCAAAUGGUGAAUCUGAUAUCAAACGACGUUGAAAAAUUUGAACUUGCAAUCACACAUAUACAUAACUUAUGGCUGGCACCAGUUGAAACUAUGGUUGUUUUGAUAUUGAUGUAUUUUUAUGUUGGCUUAAGUGGAGUAGCUGGCAUUGUAUUCAUGUUAUUAUUUAUUCCAAUUCAAAUGUGGAUGGGCAAGAAGACUUCUAAAUAUCGUUUAGCUACAGCCAUUGAAACUGAUGAAAGAAUUAGGUUGAUGAAUGAAAUCAUAUCUGGAAUUCAAGUGAUUAAAAUGUAUACUUGGGAAAUUCCCUUUGCCAAGCUUGUUGAACUCAGUAGAAGGAAAGAAAUUCAACAAAUCAAGAAAAUAUCUGUAAUAAGAGCCAUUAUGAUGUCCUUUAAUAUGUUCUUAAACUCAACUACCAUAUACAUAUGCGUUUUAGUAUAUUUCUUUACCGGAAACGUACUAGAUGCUCAGUACGUCUACGUAGUAUCCUCAUUUUAUGGUAUUCUGAGAAGUACAGUAACCACGUUCUUCCCUCAAGGGGUCACUCAGUUUGCCGAGGCAAGUAUAUCAGUAAAAAGAAUUAAACAAUUCUUGCAGCACGACGAAGUCCAACUUGACUCAAGUUCCACAUUUCUUAAUGCUUUUCGAUCUAGUGAAAAAACUAACAAAUCAGUUGGUAUUCAUCUAAAGGAUGUUUCUGUAAAAUGGACCAAGUCACUUGAAGAGAAUGCUUUAGAUAACUUAAAUGUUGAGGUGGAGUCUGGUCAAUUAGCCGUAGUGAUUGGUCCUGUUGGAAGUGGUAAAACAACUCUAUUGCACACAAUUCUGGGCGAACUAGAGCCAGUGUCCGGUAUGGUGGACGUGGGUGGUUCGAUUUCGUAUGCCUCUCAGGAACCGUGGUUAUUUGUGGGCAGUGUACGUCAGAAUAUUAUUUUCGGUCAACGGUUCGACGCUCGACGAUAUUACGAAGUGGUAAAAGUAUGUGCCUUAGAAAGAGACUUCGCACUGUUUCCUCACGGCGAUCGAACUAUAGUCGGUGAACGUGGUGCAUCAAUUAGUGGUGGUCAAAGAGCUCGUAUCAAUCUUGCCCGUGCAGUUUACAAACGAGCGGAUAUUUAUCUGUUAGACGAUCCGUUAUCUGCAGUCGAUGCCCACGUCGGAAAACAACUGUUCGAAGACUGCAUAACCGGUUACCUUAAAAACAAGUGCGUUGUUUUGGUUACUCAUCAGCUACAAUAUUUGAAAGACGCCAAGAAGAUUUACCUUUUUGGAUCAAAAACAAUCGAACAUACGGGCACUUAUGAAGAAGUACAGAAUUCCGGCAGAACAUUUACGCAACUUCUUAGUGAACUUGAAGACGUUCUUGAUGAAGAAGAUGCUGAAGAAUACGAAACGGAAGAAAAUGAAGAUAUCAAACCAGCCAGAAGAAGAAGAGUGUCUACCAAGGAAGUUGUGCCAACAAAUGUAAAGAUGGAUCCUCAAAUCGAAAAAGAAUCAAGAGGAAGUGGUACCAUUGGCUGGACAGUAUACAAGUCGUAUUUUGUCUCUGGAGGUCACUGGUGUAAAAUUUUAAUAUUGUUUCUAAUAUUUGCCAUGACGCAAGCUCUGGCAAGUUUAUGUGAUUAUUUUUUGACAUUCUGGGUUAAUAUGAACCAAAUCAAGAAAAUGGAAGAAAAUGAGACGUACCUUAAAAACCAAGAAAUAUCUAGAAUCGUCGAGCAUGGAACUUUCACCGUUGAUCCUAACACAUAUAAUGGUUCAAGGAUUCUCUCCAAUAAUAAUUCCAUUAUAACUGAGCAUACACCUUUUCAAGAAUUCUGGCUUACACACAUGACUGAUCAGGUUCUCGCAAUAGCAUAUACAGUGAUAGUUUUGAUGCUGAUAUUAAUGACAAUAACCAGAUUAUUGGUUUUCUACAGAUUUUGUAAUAAAGCAUCAAUUCGAUUGCACCAUAAUAUGUUUUAUAAGAUAGUAUACGCUACAAUGAGAUUUUUUACUGUUAAUCCUUCAGGAAGAAUUCUCAACAGGUUUUCUAGAGAUAUGAAUCAAGUAGAUGAAGCAUUGCCUGUUACUUUACUUGACACUUUGCAGAUAUCGCUGACUGUUGUUGCUAUUACAACGGUAGUUACUACUGUAAAUCCUUGGAUGUUAUUACCAACAAUUAUAAUGCUGACAAUAUUCUAUUUUAUGAGAGUGGUAUUUUUAGCUACCAGUAGAGAUAUUAAACGACUAGAAGGAAUCACAAGAAGCCCAGUUUAUUCCCACUUGACUGCAUCACUUCAAGGCUUAACAACUAUUCGAGCAUUUGGUGCCCAGGAGAUACUAAAAACUGAAUUUGACAACUACCAAAAUUCCUACAGUUCGGCCUAUUUCAUGUUCCUGUGCGCUAAUCGCGCGUUUGGAUUCUGGCUUGAUAUGCACUGUGUGGUUUUUAUCGCUUUAGUCACACUUAGUUUUCUAUUUUUUGAUACAGAGACCUUUGGAGGUAGCGUGGGUCUGGCGAUCUCCCAAUCCCUAAACUUAACAGGAAUGUUCCAAUGGGGAAUGAAACAAUGGAGCGAACUUGAGAACACUAUGACUUGUGUGGAAAGAAUAAAGGAAUAUGCUGACGUAGUUCCGGAACGCGACGAAAAAAGACGAGACCCUGCAAAAUCGUGGCCUGAGAAAGGAGACAUUACAUUCGAACACUUGAAUUUAAGAUACGUAGCCGGUGAAGCGCCGGUUCUCAAAGAUUUAACAUUUCGUAUCCAGAGUUCAGAGAAAGUUGGUAUUGUGGGGCGAACCGGAGCAGGAAAGUCGUCUAUUAUUAUGGCUCUGUUCAGAUUAGCUAUUAACGAAGGAAAAAUAGUUAUAGACGAUAUAGAUACGGCUACUAUUUCUCUUAAUCGUCUGAGAUCGGCUAUUUCUAUUAUACCUCAAGAACCGGUGUUGUUUUCGGGAACACUAAGGAAAAACUUAGAUCCAUUUGACGAAUACACUGAUGAAUCGAUUUGGAAUGCUUUAGAGGAAGUCGAACUAAAAACAGUCGUUACCGACUUACCUCAAGGGUUAGAAAGUAAGAUGUGUGAAGGCGGAAGCAACUUCAGUGUUGGCCAGAGGCAACUAGUAUGUCUGGCCCGUGCAAUAGUCCGAAAAAACAAAAUCCUAGUUCUCGACGAAGCAACAGCAAACGUAGAUCCUUACACCGACGCGUUGAUUCAAACGACAAUUAGAAGAAAGUUCUCCAGUUGUACCGUGCUAACUAUCGCUCAUAGAUUGCACACUAUAAUAGACUCAGUCAAGGUGCUCGUGAUGGAUGCUGGUAGAAUGGUUGAAUUUGGACAUCCUCAUGAAUUGUUACAAAAUACAGAAAAUGGAGUUUUCUACGAAUUAGUACAACAAACUGGUCGAACUAUGGCAGAAAAUCUAAUAGGCAUUGCUGAAGAGAGUUACAAUAAUUCUAUAAGUAAUCAACACUAACGUUUGUAUCGAAGAAAAUUGGAAACUCGAAAAGUUUAAUCGAAACAAAAAGUGUA